GCAGUUAGUUAUGAAGUCAAAAGUUGUGCUAGCUAUUUGAAGAUCUUUACUGCUAUCGCAUGAGGAUAAUAUAGAAACCGACAUUGCUAAAAGUACCUAUUGGUCAGUUCUUGUACAGAACUUUUCAUGUGCAACGUUCGACACUACUUAGGAUGUAACUUGGUAUUCACUUAGCAACGGCGAUACAAAGUUUAUGAUAUAUAAGAUGGAACAGGGGCUCAGCAAUACCGUGUAUGGUCCUGUGCAUGGCAGACGCGAGACGACAUGAUGUUUUGUCGGUGACGCGACAACUUUCUGUUAUCGAACAGUUCACGUAUCAUAUUUUACGCAUUGUGUCGUAGUGUCACUAUUAUUGUUCAAUGUUCAGAAACUAUGACAAUCGAUUUAUAGUAAAUAGCAGAACACGUGAAAGUGAUACCAAAAAUGUUUGCAAUCGUCGCGUGUCUGCGAACUUCCAAUGACAUGAACGUCGCGACACAGGCAGUGGAGCAAUGAACGUAAACUAGCAACUAAUUCGUAGUAAUGAAAAAAUGGACGAAACGAGGGAUUACAUAAAUUUGGUACUAACGGUCAAAAAGUACCCAGUACUGUACGACCUCAGUUGCAAUGACUACCACAACAGAAUCGUACGAAAUAAAAUGUGGAAAGCAGUGGCGCAAGAGGUGAACGCUACCGCGGCAGAAUGUAAAGACAAGUGGAAAAAUCUGCGUGCCAGUUACAGUAGACACCUGAGAAAUAAAAUCUCGGGAAAUUCAAAGUCCAAGAAACCAUAUUACAUGGCCAGUUACAUGGAUUUCCUGCUUCCCUACAGUAAAGUUGGCAGACAAGACAAUUCGAACGAGGAGGACACGCUGGCACAGGAGACGUGGAACGACGAGGAGGUGGCCUCAAACAUAUCUUCCAGUUACGAGAAAUCGAACAAAUUCGAUCAAAAGACUUCGCUAUUGGAUAAGGAAAGCGACUCAAGGAUCGAAGAGCACUCAUUCUUGCGGAACAAAGCGAUCAAAUUUACAAACGAUAAGUUAUUGUCACAAAGGUCGCCGGAAAAUUACAUCUUAAGCAACAGACAAGAACUCGAGGAGGCGUUCAAUGACCCGGAUUGGUUGUUCUUGAAGAGCAUAUUACCGGAUAUUCACCAAAUGACUAGUCCCGAGAAAAGAACUUUUAAAAUAUCCGUCUUGAGUUUGAUAGUAAAGAUAUUAAACGGGAAGGAAUCAAUGUCUAUAGAGAACGACGCUCCUAGUUCUGUAAUGAAAAUCCAGCAGGAUGAAGAGGGGGAAUGAGUUUGCAGGAUCGUUUCGUUAUAACGAUGCUGAUAAAUGUGAAAUAUUUUCAAUAUGUUAAUUAUGUAAAGUAUAUUUAAUGAGGUAGAACGUGUGGAAAGGAACUUCCGCCACGAUUUGCGCGGGAAAGUAAUAAACUGCGCGCCAGUUUAGUAUAUUAUAUAAUAAGAUACAAUAAUUUAAUGUUACAAUAGUGUUAAGGCCUGACGCACACUUUCAUUACAAUGCAUAAACAAAUUUCCUGUAAUUAUUCAUAGUAUGUAGCAAGAUAUGUCAGAACAAAGAUAUAGUGAAACACAAAUAAUUGCAAGACUGAAUAACGAAAACGUAUUGUCACUCUUUGUCGCCACCUACUAUUUUCGUUGCUUCGCUAAUGUUCGCGAAAGAAUUUGAGGAAAAAUGAAUAAAAUGACGUGUUCAAAUAUUGGUUCAUGAUUGAGAACCACUGUAGAGCCAUGACUGGUAGAUCGCAACAACGCGGGAUAUUUGAACGAACAAAAAACUAAUAAAAACCGAGCGUGCCUAGCAUUAAAAGAUUCGACUAUUUCUCUGCAGACACAAAAUAAAAAAUAUGAGAAUAAGAAAUUUUGUAUGAUAAAUAAUAAAAAAACUGUACACACUCA